ACUGCACCCGCUAUCAGUCUCACGAGAACCGUCGAGAGGAUACCACCAUGUUCGCCAAACUUAUGAUCAUCUGCGCCGUUGUCGCGGCAGCCCUUGCCCAGGCGAGGGAGUACCCGGCCGGUGUCCACCCAGCAGUGUGCCCCAACUACCCUUACUGUGCCCCUGACGCGUUAGCCAGGCAUACUCCUGACGGCAUGCCCAUUCCCCAAUGGAGCUAUCCUUACGCUGCCGCUCCUGUGGCUCCUGCCGCGCCAGUUGCUGAACAAGGAGGUGCCCGCUACCCCGCCAGUUUCAACCCUGCUCUGUGCCCUAACUACCCCUACUGCUGGUGAUUCUACUGACGUUUGGCUACCAUAGACAACCUAGAACAUUCCCGAACGCUCAACUUUUUAAACUGACUUUUUAAUUCUUAACAGCCAGUUCGGAUUGUUUAUAAAUUGUACUGAAACACUGCCAUAUUUUGAUGUAAAAAUGUAAAUACAGCAUUUGGUUUUUAUAGAAAAUGUGUAAAAAUGUAAAUAAAAAGUGUUUUUU